CAGCGCCGAGGGCAAGACCGAUGGAGGCCGAGGACGACGGGCCGCCGAUGGCAAUGCUCCAGACCGAUGUCUUCCGCGCCCUUCAAGCCAACCUCAUGGCGCUCGUCCGGCAGUCCAAGGCGGAGGCCGAAGCCUUGCGGCGCCAGCUCAUCGAGUCCAACGAGGAAGUCGAGCGCUUGAAGGAGCGAGCUCAGCGGUCUGCGGCUUUGCGCGAUGGACAUGGAAGCGGCGACGAGGACGAGGCCAUGGUCGAGUCCGACGACGACGACUACCACAACGAGCGUUUCCGAACUCGCUACCACGACCCUUAUGAGUUUGAUGAGGAAGCGCAUGAGCAACGACUCCGCGACAUGCUCGAAGCCCAACAGAACCCGCCAGACGAAGCGUUUGCAAGCGAUGAUGACGACCACAACGGAGAGACGCAGGGCCAAGGUAACGAGCCGACAGCAAACGUCAGCGACGUGGGCAGCGACAACGACGCGGGCAGCGACAACGAGAUCGGUGCUGCACGAUACCGCCGGCGCCAGGGCGACAGCCAAGAUGGAGAGGCGCCAAAUCCAAGCUACGAGCAUAUGGAAAACGGCAGCGGUGCGUCCAGCGAUAACGAGCACCACGAGUCCCGCGAGCGCGAUCUGUCGAGCGACGAAGAAACGCCGCGCAAGCCAAUGCAUCUGCGCAAGCACGGACCAGUCACUGAGACGUUGCCGCUGCCUCCGCUGCGUGCCAACAAGCCAUGCACGCUCACGGACGCGCAGAAAGGCCAGAUCAGCUUGAAGCGACUGCUCUACUACCGCCACAAAAGUCUCCUCGAAAAGUACGAAGCCCAUGCGCGCGCGCGCCUUGCCGAAGCGCGUCGGAUCUCGAUCGAGGCGUACGACGAAGCCCGAGCCUUGCACGAAGAUUUCUCGACGCUCACCAACUUUGUGUGGCCAUACUUUGAGACGCAGUCGUGGCCCCGCGAUGUCGAGCUGGACAUCGAGUGCUCCAUUUGCGCUCACAGCUAUAAAGCCGACGAGUGCGUCGUGACGCUGACGUGCAUGCACCUCUUCCAUAACGACUGCGCCAAGCCGUGGUUUGAGGCCCACGAAGAGUGCCCACAGUGCAAGACGAUCGUGAUUCCGACCCGCGACACCCUCGGCCGUCGCCCUUGACCCGCAGCAACAACUGCACGACAGAGCGCUUGUAUAAAACCCCAAUUUUUGUCCAUUCGUCCCA